ACUCGUUCUUCCUUCCAUGUUUUCCACAUUUUGGAGUGAAUUGAAUUUUUAUCAUGAUCCCUGCUCCCUCCCACCUCGGGCGUGCUGACGCUCCGUAGCGGCCCGCAGCCAUGGCCCCUGCGCACGGCGAGCAGCCGCCCUCCGCUAUGUUCGCCAUGGGAUCGCUGGGCGGCGGAGACGGCGGAGUCAACGCGGCGCAGGGCGCGGUGGAGCUGUUCGCCUCGUACGGAAGCUACGGAGGCGGCAGCGGGGGCAGCAGCCGCGGCAGCAGGAGCUGCCGACACACCAGCAGCGGCAGCGGCAGCGGCAGCACCAGCACCACUGACGUCGAUAUUCUAUCCUCUUACAGCAGCAGCGGCGCCACCGCCACCACCAUCAGCAGUAGCAGCUGCCACGACGGCGGUUUCACCGGCUUGAAACCCGCCGACCUGCCGUCAGACCUGCCGGCCUUCUUUCCCAGCUACAGCAACCAUCGCAGCCCUAACUGCAGCCCCAGCCGCAGCCCGGCGCGCACUUCCUCCUCUCCCGUGCACCUCCCCGACAUCGUGCCCCGUUUCGGCGCGUUCUGCGGCGCAGCGACCGGCCAAUCGGGCGAGUUGCGCCUGGGCGGGGGGGAUCAGUUCUCCCGCCCCUCCAGCACGGGCGGAUCCCCCCUCGCCUCCUCCUCGCCCCCCCCAAUGCGAUUCUUGGGGGAGUUUCCCCGCGAUCCCACCUUCAGCUAUGGCGGGCUCAACGCCCCCCCUCCAGUGGCGGCGUCCGCGGCGGCGGCGGCUUUCUAUCGCGACCCGACGUUGGGCGGCGGCGGUAACUGUAACUCCGGGCCAUUGCCGCGAAUCCCGCGGGACGCUAACUCGAACCGCAGCGGCUCGAUUUACAACGGGUCGCCUUUAGGAUCCGCGACGAACUCGCCCCGCGAUAUCGCACGAAGCUACAGCGCCAGCGGCGCCGGCGGGCGGACGACGACGACGGCUGCGAUGGCGACGGCGACGGCGACGCAGGCGAACUCGAGCACCAAGGGAAUGUCGCUGAGCGCUGCGAUAAGCCAGUCGCACAGGGAGCAGGUGCAGCGUUGGAGCCAGAACCACUCGCUGCCGCAACACUACUGCAGCGGCGGCAGCGGCGGGCACGGCGGUGGUGGUGCGAUGAAUGCAGGCAGCGGCGGCGGGAGCAGCAGCAGCGACCUUCUGUUCCCUUCUUAUCCCGCGGACGCCCAAUACAGUCACAUGCAUUUCAACGGCGGGGAUGGGGAGGAUGGCGGUGGGGGGGGCUUUGGCAGCGGCGCGCGUUCGGGUGCGUCGGAAAUCGCAAUGCGGUCGCUGCACGGCCGUCGCACGAGCAGCGGCAUGAUUCGCACGAUCGGCGCAAUCGGCGGCAGCGGCGGCGGUGGCGCCUGCGCUUACGGCGGGUUCUCCUCGCCAGGUUCCCCCGAUAGUCUGCUGUUCCCCCCGCACGGCGCGCCGUUGCCGCUCUCCGCGGGGACCUCCCCCGAUCACCCGCACUUCGUGGGCGCGGCGGGAGCGGGAAUCGGGCGGAGCCACUUGGCGGGUGGUGGGGUGGUGCGCAGCCAUUCACUGCUGCGGUCGUCGAAGUGCGGAGGACCCACGCGAUCAGAGAGCAAGGACGACCUCACGCUGCUCAUGGACGCGCGCGCGCGCUCCAAGCUCGGCGCGCAGUGCGAGUGGGCGCAGGGCAGCUCGCGCAGCCCGGACAGCCUCGCCUUCUCCGCGUAUGAUAGCCCCCGUGUGGGGGGCGGCGGCAUGGGCGCUGGCAGGAAGCUGAGCACGGAUAGCACUGCCUUCAUGGACUUCCGGCCCUACAACGCUGCUGCUGCUGCUGGGGGAGGUAACACUGCUGCUGCUGGGGGGGUUGCCGGUGUGCAGCGGCGCGGAGGUGCCAAGGGCGCGUUCAGUGGGGCGCUGAGCAUGGACUUGGAGUCGGACCUGGCGGUCAUGUCACUGACCGAGCCCGAGUGUGUGCCUGUGGAUGCCGUUCUGCAGUCCAGCGGUGCGCUCAACACGGCUGUAGCAGCGCCUGUGCCAGCAACAGCAGAGGGAGAGGAGGAGGGGGACGAGGGGGAGGAUGAGCUGUCACUUGUGCCGUGCCUCAACUGGGAAGCGGUGGAGGCCCUGUGUCUGGACAUGGAGUUGGACCGCCGGCGGAUAGAGGCCAUCCACAUACAGCACACCGCCACUGCAGCCCCGCGCCAGCCAUCCCCUGCCUCGCAACUGGCGUCUUCCUGCUCUGGCGUGGACCCUCCGGUGCUCUACGCCUUGCAGUUCGCUGGGGAAGACGAGUGGUUCUGGCCGGGCUGCAGGGGAGGGCUUGGGGUGACUGCUGCAGCCACCAUGGUGGCUUGAACUUGGUGUUGGCUGGUUUGGUUGAACUGAUGCAUGCUCGUUUGAUGAGCUAGUGUGAAAGUGUUGUGCAUGUGGAUUUGUGUUUCUUGUUUCCUGAUACCCCACAAUUCUGAAGGCCUGCACGAUUGUUGAGCUCUAAAUAUCAGAAUGAGAGAAGUGAA